AUGGCUCCGACUUCUAUCGCCGAUCUGGUGGCCGCCCUCCCGGCCGAGGACUCUUGGGGUCCUGCCACCGGAGCUGACAACAUGCUCAACGGCGUCCCCUACGCUCCCUUCUCCAAGGGCGACAAGUUGGGCCGCAUGGCCGACUGGACUGCCGAGUCCAAGACCGGUGAUCGUCAGGGUCGCCAGCAGUACAACCGCAACUUCCGUGACCAGCAGGUUUAUGGUGCCGGUACCUCCAGCCUGUUCACUGUCGCUGCUGCUGAAGACGAGUCCUCUUUCUCCGUUGUCGACAACACCCGUACCUCUGCCAAGCGUACCUUUGGUCGUGGCGGUGGCACCGUUUUCCGUGGUCGUGGUGGCCAGCGUGGUGGCCCCAACCAGCGUGGUGGUGCCCGCGGUGGCUUCCAGCGUGCCGGUGCUGGCCGUGGCAAUGAUCGCUACUUUGAUAACCGUGGUGGCCGUGGUGGUGGUGCCCGCGGUGGUGGCCGCCGUUUCGGAUGGAAGGACUGGGACAAGCCCCAGCGCACCCGUGAGCCUUCUAUUAACAUCCGCCCUGAGUGGCAGAUGCUGGAGGAGGUUGACUUCAGCCGCCUGUCCAAGCUGAACCUUGACGCUCCCGAGGGGGAGGACCUCGAAACUUACGGUUUCCUGCACUACUACGAUCGCUCCUACGACCGCGCGCCCGUCAAGGGUAACGAGCGCCGUCUCCAGGGCCUUGAGCGCGCCGCCUACAACGUCACUACCUCCCAGGAUCCCGUUAUUCACGAGUUGGCCGAGAAGAACGAGGCCACCGUCUUCGCUACUGCCGAUAUCCUCUCCAUGCUUAUGUGCGCUACCCGUAGUGUCUACUCUUGGGACAUUGUCAUUGUCCACCAGGGUGACAAGAUCUUCCUCGACAAGCGCGCCGGUGCCUCCAUUGACCUCGUCACCGUCAACGAGAACGCCUACGACGCCCCUCUCGAAGUUUCCGAGGCUACUGGCAAGCUUGACCAGAUCAACACCCCCAGCGCUCUGGCCAUGGAGGCCACCUUCAUCAACCACAACUUCGCUCUGCAGACCAUGAUCGAGUCCGAUCAGGCUAAGGUCGCCUUCGCGCAGCCCAACCCCUUCUACAACGAGGCCGAGGAGACCGAGCCCCUCGCCUCCAAGGGCUACAAGUACCGCCGCUUCGACCUCUCCCUCGAGCGCGACGAAGAGCCCCUCAAGCUGAUCGUCCGUACCGAGGUGGACGCCGUCAUGAAGCACCCCACUGGUGGCCCCGACCAGCAGUUGGUCAUUAAGGCUCUGAACGAGUUCGACACCAAGGCUCCUGGUUCCGGCGGUGCUCUCGACUGGCGCACCAAGCUCGUCUCCCAGCGUGGUGCCGUCCUCGCCACCGAGAUGAAGAACAACUCCAGCAAGCUCGCCCGCUGGACCACCCAGGCCAUCCUUGCCCAGGCCGACGGCAUGAAGCUCGGCUUCGUGUCCCGUGCCAACCCCCGCUCCGCUGCCGGUCACGUCGUUCUCGGCGUUGCGGGUUACAAGCCCAAGGAGUUCGCUUCCCAGAUGAACUUGAACCUCGGCAAUGGCUGGGGUAUUGUCCGCACCGUUGUGGACCGCAUCCGUACCCUCGAUUCUGAGGAGCCCGCUGAUGCCGUUAAGAAGUACGUUCUCAUCAAGGACCCCAACAAGUCUGUCCUGCGUCUGUACCGUGUGCCCGCCACUGCCUUUGAGGAGGAUGAUGAGGCCGAGAUUGAGGAGCAGGAGGAGAAGGAGGAGGAGUCUGAUGAGUAG